AGGCGCCGCCGCCGCUGCAGCCGCCGGAGCCGAGAUGCCUAAAGGAGGUAGAAAGGGAGGCCACAAAGGCCGAGUGAGGCAGUAUACAAGCCCUGAGGAGAUCGAUGCCCAGCUACAGGCGGAGAAGCAGAAGGCCAACGAAGAAGAUGAACAAGAAGAAGGUGGAGAUGGGGCUUCAGGUGACCCUAAAAAGGAGAAGAAGUCUCUAGACUCAGAUGAGAGUGAAGAUGAAGAUGAUGACUACCAGCAAAAGCGAAAAGGUGUGGAAGGGCUCAUUGACAUUGAGAACCCCAACCGGGUGGCACAGACGACUAAGAAGGUCACACAACUGGAUCUGGAUGGGCCAAAGGAGCUUUCUAGGAGAGAACGAGAAGAAAUAGAGAAGCAGAAAGCAAAAGAGCGCUACAUGAAGAUGCAUUUGGCUGGGAAGACAGAGCAGGCCAAAGCUGAUCUCGCCCGGCUGGCAAUCAUCCGGAAACAGAGGGAGGAAGCAGCAAGAAAGAAGGAAGAAGAGAGGAAAGCAAAAGAUGACGCAACUUUGUCAGGAAAACGAAUGCAGUCGCUCUCCCUGAAUAAGUAAGAUGGCCUGUGGGAGGAGAUGCCGGGGAACUGGACCGUGCCGCCAGGACCUCUGCCAUGUCUCACCCACCCUGUGCCCUGGCGCCACUGCAGCAGCCCCUAUGGCCAGGAGCCCCUACGGCCUGGGGCCUCCUCUUCAUCUUGGCACAGGAAUUGUU